GCACGGCGUCCGCAUGGCAUCCGUGGUCCACGGUGCGUUGAUGUGGUGGCCACUCGCCCUGCUCGUUGCGCAUGACGCGCAUGCGUCGGUGUGGAAUGAUUGGUCCAGCCAACCAGAGGACCCGACAGCCAAGUGCUUCGAUAGCAGCGUGACCACUUGGAGCGAGAGUCAAAGGACCUAUUGCUGUGAGGUGGUGGGCCAUGGCUGCCAUUCUCAGCGCUCGUCGCUCAAGUCGCCCAACACUCCGAAGCGCCUGCCGCAUGAUGCCCUGGAGCGGAUCCAACUGCCUCCUGUGACCGUGCCCGUGGGCCAGAAAUUUGAAGUGCCCAUCGGCUUCUUCUUGGGCGGCGAUGUGAUGGUCACCGUUGAUGACAAACCGCAAAGUUGGCUCCACUUCGAUGAAAGGCACGGUACCCUGCAGGGUGAAGCCAUCGCGCUGGGCUCGUGGCGUGUGGCGCUGCACCCGGAGGCCUACAGCGCGCCCGGAGAGCCACGGGGCAAAGCCGAGAUGGAACUCUUCGUCGUAGAUGCGAUGCCGGUGAGCCCGUCACCGGGCACCUUGGCACCGAUGCCUGGCAAGCCCUUGCUGGUGCAACGCAUUCCAGAUCUGCAUGCGGUGCUAGGUCAAGAAUUCGAAUCCAUCAUUCCCAGAGGGAGCAUCGUCGACCCCAACAUGGGCGUCUCCACGGGCGCCUCACUGGUCCUGAGCGCCGCGCUGGGCUCGGGGGAAGCGCUGCCGGCCUGGCUGCACUUCGAUCCCUCCAAGGGCGCCUUUUCGGGAACGCCACCGGUGCUGGAGGA